CUCGGGGGGUGGUGCUAUACAGUCACACUCAAGCUAUAACUCAAGUCAUUGGUUAUUUCCUCAGAAUAGUCACAUUAUCCUGCCGGUGGUCGUGGCUCGCUCUGGGAGAAGACAGGAUACAAAGCUGCCAAUUAAGGUGGCUGUCUUGUUUUUUACUGGCUUGUGUAGGUUUCAGGUCCGCCCUGCCGUCAACCACCUCCGCUCCACCCAUUUUUUGGGUUCCCUGUCAUGUAGAAAUGACACCGUGGGAAAUAAUCUUGGCGUUUUAAAGUGGUGAACUGAGGGGAGUUUUGACAGUCAUUCACUUGCAAAGCUUCAUAUUAAAAGGACCUGUUUGGCGUGGAAAGAGAAGGGAUAAUAGCGACCCACGGUUAAAAUGAAGCGAAAUCAUGAUUACAGCUCUUCGGAUAGCGAGCUCGAUGAGAACAUCGAGGUGGAGAAGGAGAGCACCGACGAAGUUGGAAACGUAAGUUCCCCCCAAGGAUCGAUGUCUCCCACAACAUCAUCUCAAGUACAAGCGAGAAAGCGGCGUAGAGGAAUCAUUGAGAAACGGCGCCGGGACCGAAUUAAUAACAGUUUGUCCGAGUUAAGGAGACUCGUCCCCAGCGCUUUUGAGAAGCAGGGUUCAGCCAAGCUUGAAAAGGCCGAAAUUUUGCAGAUGACGGUGGACCACCUUAAAAUGCUACAUGCUGCGGGUGGUAAAGGCUAUUUCGAUGCUCAUGCGCUGGCUAUGGAUUACCGCAGUCUGGGGUUUCGCGAGUGCUUGGCUGAGACUGCCCGGUACUUGAGCAUCAUUGAAGGGCUGGACAGCGCUGACCCCCUGCGGAUUAGGCUGGUCUCCCACCUCAACAGUUAUGCCUCCCAGCGCGAGGCUCACUCUGGACUCGGACACUUGGCCUGGGGCUCAGCCUUUGGGACGCCCCCCUCUCAUCUGGCUCACCAUCUCCUCCUGCAGCAGCAGUCAGCCUCUCGCAGCUCUAGCAGCUCCUCGUCCUCUUCCGCAGAGACCCAUGCACCAAGCCGGCUUAGUGCCGCUCAGCACACAGAGCCCAGUCCACUCAGAGUGCCGCCUGGGCUGCCCUUGGUCACUUCGGCCUCCAAACUCUCCCCUCCUCUGCUCUCCUCUCUCUCUGCAUUCCCGUUUUCCUUCAGUGCCUUCCCUCUGCUCUCCCCUAAUGCCCUUGGCUCCUCUGCCCCCUCAACCACUCUCGGAAAGCCCUACAGACCAUGGGGCACAGAGAUAGGGGCAUUCUGAAAGUUGAGGAUGCACCCCUUAACCCCACUGAAGACUAAACCACCAGCUGAGCUGGGGCUUCAAAGGACUGUGCAGAAAUCCACCACCUUUUUUUAUUCUCAUCUUUUUUUUUUUGCUGUGCAUGAAAAGAAAAAGGUGUGUAAGAACAUGUUAAGUUGAAGAGCCUUGAUACAAUGAGGUGAAUGGCAGAUUUACAUCUGAUCAAUUAUUUUUAUUUUGUGACUACUCUCCUUGUCUCAUCCCUCUUGUUCUGGACUCGACAGGGGUGGGCACUCCAUAUGGUCAGGCUAUCGUUUCAGAUUACAGCUCUUCCUAUUUCCACACACAUUCAGGAGUGUGGUGUGGUGAUGCUUUGCUGCUGAAGGCAGAGGUGUUAAGAUGAGAAUUUGCAUGACAAUGUAUGCACACGACUUCGGCAGAUAAUGACUAUUGUCUGAAUCCAUUGUUUAGAAGGGAUUUUCAGGACUGUUAAUCACUUGCAACUGAUACUUCAUUGAAUUGUUACCUUCAGCUUCUCAAAUGUCCUUAUUUAAUAUAAUUAGUUGAAAAUAUAAAUUUUGUGAAAAUAUAUAUUUUUUUUACAUGAGCUACUUAUUUACAAAUGGAAAAAUAAACUAUGAUCUUUUACAUAUAUCUGGAGCAGCACAAUUAGGUUUUAAAAAACAAUUUCAGUCCCUGAGAACCACACUGGAUUGCAUUUGUCUGUUUGCUUUCCCUCAAAACGUGAAACAAACUCGCCCUCCACUAUAACAGUUCUGAGCAAUCAAAUUACAAUCAAAAAGAAGCAAGGGUUUAAUUUAGAAUUUUAACAUUAUGCAUGUCGGACUUAACUUUCCUUCCCUGAAGUGGUGGCGUCCAUUUAGAUCUAUAACUGUUGCAGCUAAACGUUUUGUAGGAAAAGUUAAAAAAUGGUAGAGCAUAUUUAUAAAAAUUACAUAGUUGUAUCCGAUUUGUCCAUUUUAAAUUGUUUCUGCUGUACAUAUCUGUUUGGCCGGUAUAAUAAAAUGCCUCAUUGAAAAGUGAUGUUAUGUGUUGUCAGAGAUGUCACACAGCCAUAAUACUUUACAAAAUUAAAACCAACUCAUUAUUUUAUAUGAACAUUUCUGUAAUUUUUUUUAAAUAUCGGGGAUGCAUGUUUUCCAUAUUAAAACAGCAGCAAUAUAUCAAUUACAGUUCUGAGACACUGCAGAGUGUUUUAUGAAUGGCAAUCUGCCCAACUUCAGGAAGACAUUACACAUCUACUGUUUCAUGUUGGUAUCACUUUGUGAGGGAAAAAUGAUUAUAAAAAUGGAUGCAAAUUUACAUUUGUAAGAUAUAUUUUGUGUUUUAUAUUUGUGAAAAAAGCGUUGACAAAUCAGAUUUUCUCAGCUUUUACAUUCAAAGAUGAUUAUAGAUCAGAAUAGGUAUAGUACAAGGAUGAUGUUUUCUCAGAGAGUAAGGUACUGUAUUUGAUCCUUGUGUACUGAUCUGACAUUUCUCAAUAAAGAAGCUGUUUGUGAAAA